AUGGUGGAGCUGCAGGUCGCCCUCGCCGUCGUCAGCGUCAUGGCCGUCGUCACCGUCGCCUUCCUACUCCGCAUGUGCUCCCGCAGCGCGGCGCCUGCGAUGGCCACGGCGGCGGCGCGCGCGCGGGAGUGGCGCGCCUGGGCAGACGCGGCGGACGUCGAGGCCGGGCUCGACGAGGCCGCGCUCAAGGCGCUGCCCAAGGUGGUGUACGGCGACGAGGAGGGGGAGGAAGCCGCGGAGGCGGGGAAGGCGAAGAAGACCGCAGCCGCCGCGGCCGGGGCGCCUGCGGCGCCGUGCUGCGCGGUGUGCCUGGGUGAGUACGCCCGCGGGGACGUGCUCCGCGUGCUGCCCGAGUGCGCGCACGCCUUCCACCAGCUGUGCGUCGACCGGUGGCUGCGGCUGCGCCCGACGUGCCCCGUCUGCCGCUCGCCGCCGGUGCCCAGCCCCGUGGCGACGCCGCUCGCCGCGCCCACCCAGCCAUGA